GGUGGCGAAGAUGGGGAAGGACAAGGACGUGGUGCGGCUGGAGCGCGAGUCGGCGAUCCCCAUCAUGAAGCCCAAGCUCAUCAUGAAGCUCGCCUACCUCAUUGAGCACGAAAACGACAGAGAAGAAUUCUUGAAGCUCUGUAAGAGGGUGGAGUACACCAUCAGAGCGUGGUACCAUCUCCAGUUUGAUGAUAUGAUGGAACUAUUUGCUCUCUUCGACCCUGUGCACGGAGCCAAAAAACUACAGCAGCAGAACUUUUCGACUGAGGAGAUUGAUACCCUCGAGCAGAACUUCCUGACCUAUUUCUUUCAGGUGAUGGAAAAAAGCAAUUUCAACAUAGUGUCUGAUGACGAGGUUGAACUUGCCCAGUCUGGACAAUAUCUGCUGAAUCUUCCAAUAAAAGUUGAUGAAGCGAAACUAGAUAACAAAUUAUUGUCAAAGUAUUUCAAGGAGCAUCAUCAUGACAACCUACCUGAGUUCUCGGAUAAGUACGUCAUAUUUCGAAGGGGCAUAGGACUGGACCGCACUAGCGAUUUUUUCUUCAUGGAGAAAGUGGAUAUGGUCAUAACUCGUACAUGGCGAUGGUUGCUAGAGAAGACGAGACUACAAAAGCUCUUCUUGAGAAAGAAUAAGGUUAAGCCGGUGAUAGAUUCCAAGAAAAAUGAUGAUCUAGUUGGUGAAGAAGAAGACAAAGAGCUAUACGUUGAGCGUAUACGACUUGAAACAAUGAAGUUGAGCCUGCGCAACUUAGUUGGCAAAGUCACAAUUCAGGAGCCUACAUUCGAUGAGGUGAUUGUCUUGUACAGGAAGAAAAGCCCGAAGGGCCAGGAUGAUAGAGCAAUUCAUGUAAAACAUUUCAAAAAUAUUCCGAUGGCAGAUAUGGAGUUGGUUCUGCCAGAGAAGAAAAACCCGAGCCUCACACCAAUGGACUGGGUUCAGUUCAUUGUUUCCGUUGUUAUUGGGCUUGUUACACUCGUUGGCUCACUCGAAAUGCCUAAUAAAGCUGAUUUCUGGGUUGUGACUGCCAUCCUUUCUGCUCUGGCUGGAUAUUGUGCUAAGAUCUAUUUCUCGUUUCAGCAGAACAUGGCAACCUAUCAAAAUCUAAUCACUCAAUCCAUGUAUGACAAGCAACUAGAUAGUGGGAAAGGCACACUUCUGCAUCUCUGUGAUGAUGUGAUUCAGCAGGAAGUCAAGGAGGUCAUAAUUUCCUACUAUAUACUGAUGGAAAAUGGAAAAGCUACUGUUGAUGAUCUUGAUUUGCAAUGUGAAGAGCUAAUCCAAGAAGAGUUCGGUUUGCAAUGCAAUUUUGAGGUGAUGGAUGCUCUUCAAAAGUUAGAGAGAUUUGGUAUUGUUACAAGAGAUUCUAUUGGAAGAAUUUGUUGCGUUCCUCUAAAGAGAUCAAAUGAGAUCAUUGGUGCUACCACAGAGGAGCUGGUUAUGAAAGCCAGACAAAACUACUAAUCUCAAUUUGAACCAGGGGGUAAUACAUCCUGGCUGGAAGCGGAAUAGUACUCCUGUGAAAGUUGAGGAGAGACGCCACUGUGAUUUUUUCGUAGGAUCUGCUGUAUCAUGUAAUAUUUAAAGAGUGGUGUAAUAACUUCAAAUAUCCCUCUGGAACAA